CCAUCGCCGGAGAAGGUUAUCCCAAUGCAAAAAAAUGAAUACCAAGAACCGCAAAAAACCAACGUGGGAUGACCACCAUGGCUCUGGUGAAGGAAAUAAGUUACGACCCAAUAAAUGGGAUAAAGUUUCAGGUGGACUCGGUAACUUUACUACCAAGUACAAUCAUUUGGCGUUGUUAUUUGUUGGAAUCAUUGGAGCUGCUCUUGACUUCUUCAUAAGGAAUAAAAAAGCUAAGAAGCAAAUACUGAAUUUCUUUUCCCUAUUGGCUGCUUUUGGAAAUCUCCUAAUGGUGUUUUUGAAACCUGCCGGCGGUAGAGGAAACCGAAGAUUCAAAAAGAAGUCUACAAAUUUAUAAUACCAUGAAAUGACAUUAUUUUUAAUAAAAUUUAUUGAACGUUA